GAUCCACCUGUCCGACAGGUAGACAGGCGGGGACCAAACUGACUCAUGGGCGGAAUUUUACUCAACUUUUGACGCAACUUUGAGGAUUAUUUUUUUUUAAAUCGUCACGGAAAGGGACCCUCCUUUCAUACCAAUAAUGUGUCGAAUGGUCGCAGGACAAACGGCCCUGAAUGUAGUGCUGUUGCUCUAUUUGUUCGGCUGUUUCGGCCUUUCCCAAGUUUCCGGCAUCCACGUAACCACUCCAGCAGAGGUCCAUGCAUCUAAAGGGGAUACGGUCAUGUUGCCGUGCACAUUCACCUCUACAAGCCCACCAACCAGUAAGAUGUCUGUUCACUGGUCUUAUAGACCACUGACCGGUGGUCCACCACUGGUGUUUUUCCACUUCUCCUCUCGGGCAUAUUACCAAGAGAGCGGUCAGUUUGCCGGCCGUAUCAAAUGGAGGGGGGCCCCGGCACGUGGGGAUGCCUCUCUCUCUCUGAUCAACGCCACUUUGAAUGAUAAUGGGACGUACAUAUGUGAUGUCACAAACCCUCCAGAUGUCUUCGGGCCGAACUCUGAAACUGUUCUCACAGUUACACCAAAAGCACACACCAUCCGCUUCUCCGAUGUUGCCGUCCUCCUCGCUUUCAUCCUCAUCCCCUCUGGCCUUCUCACCUUCUUUCUGAUUGGACGGAUGUUCUGUCCCAAGAAACGGCGCAACCAAUCCAAGGCCUACAGAUCGCCCAUAGAGGUCACAGAGGGAGAUGAUUAUGCCUACCACCAGACGGACAUGAGGAGUGCCACAUGCUGUAGCCUAUAUCUACUGGACUCUGAGGAUGAGGAGUACUACGAUGAGAAGAAGAGGCCUCUAAGUGAUCAAGAUAAUGCCGAGUCUCAGUUCUAAAAAAAAAAAAAAAAAAAAACUCCUGUGUUGGAUAACUGGAGGCCCU